AUGGAAACAAAGUUGAACGCCAAGCAGCGCCGCAGACUCCUGCGCGAGCAGUUGCAGCAUCAACAACAACAACAGGAGCAAAACGAUGGCAGCAGCACCGAGAAAGUCACGCAACAAGCGAUGGUCGGAUCGAUCGGACAACACGAGUCGGACAAAGUGACUACCUUCAAGACGAGCGAUGACAACCAGCGAGACCAGCUGUCAAUGGGGAAGCGCAAACGAGUGGACGGGACGCAACGACUGCAGAAGAAGCGGAAGCACGAGCCGAAGAAAAUGACCGGAGCUGGUCAGGAAAACGGACAAGAUGAGGCCUCUGGAGCUCAUAAGAGUAUCCACUUGACGCUGUUUGUUGGCCAGCUGCCCUUUCGAGCGACUGAAGGUAUGAUCCGGAACCACUUUUCGGAAGCGGGGGAGAUCAAGCUGCGCAUGUUGACGGACAAGAAGACCAAGAAGUUCAGAGGGAUGGCGUUCAUUGAGGUAAAGGACAGCAAAGCAUUGGGCGCAGCGCUUUCGCGGCAUCACACGUUGCUGCAGGGACGUCGGAUCAAUGUCGAGUUGACCGCUAGUGGGGGUGGCACCAAUUCGGAGAACCGACGAACGAAGCUGGAUGUGCUGAGGAAGAAGCAGAGCAGCGUCCAAGUGGAGAAGACCAAGGCGCUGGUUCAGAACCACAUUGACGGACCACAGUACAACUUGCAACAGGAAGAUGUGGAUGAUCGAAUGAUCGACUUCUUGUCCUGGUUCGACUACGAAACGGCCAAGAACGCGCUGGAGGAGUUCAACCGUUGCGUGAGCGACCGUGUGAACAACCGCAAAGCGUUCUUCAUGGGGAUCCUGAAGCGAUUUCGACAAACGGACGGCGUGGAGUAG